AUGUCCCAUCGGAACCCACAGUCUUUCCCUGCCGGCAGGCAAAAGCUGACACCCCUACCCGUUCCCAGGCAGGGUGAUUCGUCGCCGAUGUUGAACAAGGACCAGCAGAAGGAUUCCCAGAAUCGGCAAGAUGAGGCACGUUUGCUCGGAGCCAGAUAUCCUGACUCCAAUGCUGUCAAGAUAAAGCCCGGAGCAUUUCAUGCUAGGAACAAGAAGCCAGGGGUAAAUGCCCGCAUUCAUAUUCAUGACUAUGACAUCCCAUCUGAUCCUCGGUCACAGUCUAGCUUCGCGCCGUCCCCCGUAAACAAACUUGCACAGAAUGCCCGAAGCAGCGGUCCGAUCCGCUCUUACGGAGGAUCAAAUCAACAAACUUCACGGAUGAAGUCGCGCCACUCUGAGGAUGAAUUCGAAGAGUCGAGUCGGCCUACCAAGAUGCGGCGCCAAAGUGAAAUUAGUGAAACCAUCGACCUCACAGCUCCAGUGAACCGAGCAACAGAUCAAUUGGAACUGCCCACUCUCUCCCAACCAGGUGCAACUCGUCGCAACCGACAUGAAGGUUCCAGGGGCGCGGAGAAUAACGUCCAAGCAGCGCAAAGCUCUAUUCGUCCUCGGCAUGGCCAAUUUUCUUCUAUAGACUCUCGGGAUGAACGGUUUACUGAAACAGCAGCACAGCAACGGCGUCAAGCGAGAUCUGCGGAUCCCCGUCCGUCUCAGGUUAAUGACAAAUCUCACCAGGCUAAUGAGGCCGUUGUUAUUGGGAGCAUUGAAGAUGGACCAAAGAGAGCUGGUUGGAAUCGCACUGCAGUUUCUUCGACGAACGUCCAUCGUCCUGUCAACGGCAGGGAAAGUCCAGAUGAGCUUCAGGGCGACAUCACCACACAUCCAGUACCGAGACCCUUCUCAGGAACACAAAUUCAAACCACUCGCCCAUCCAAACCCGGAAUGCACACAUCACCAACGACUCGAAAACGCUCCCCAUCCGAUACCCGAACUCCAGACUUUUCGCCGCCAUCACACGCUACAAAAAAGGCUAAGGUCUCUCAAAAGAACUCUGAUAAGAAACACCUAUUGCGCUACUUCCGAACCGGCUCCUUCGGCAAAUCUUGCGACAUGAAGGAAUUCGUCUCCAUUUAUUCAGACAAGGAAGGCCUUGAACUUCGCGGGAAUGCACUCGGCCAGGGUAACACAAUGUCAAUAUCUUUUCAGCAAAUCCGUCAAAUUUUCAUCGGCGAGCCCCCCAGCCGGAAAGUGAGAAUCAAAAUGCUACAAAGUUGUGCCCAAGCAGACGACCAGCUCGACGUUGAGUUUUGGACCGCCGACGAGAAACUCAAGUUCCUGGAAGUCUUGAAACAAGCCAAUAAUAAGGCUCAGCGUCUUAUGAAAGAGAUGAAAUGGAUGGACAAAGCUUUUUUGAAAUACGAAAAGCAAUUCCCACCGGAGAACAAGCUGCCCAAGACGCGGCUUCUUGAUGACUUGGUGGAAGACCCCGAUCCUGCGCACUCUCCUCCUCCCUCGCGACGACCCAAACUUUCAAAGUCCUUGAGAGAUGACCAUGGUGAAGUCAACAAUGCCAAUCUACUUGAGAUCAAACGCUCUGCCCAGGAAAAGGGAAAAUAUGGAAACGGCAUUGAUCCCCAAGCGUAUGCCAAAGAGCAACAAAAUUCCCUACCUCUUGAUAACGACACUGAGGUCGAUGUUCGAUCUACCGUCAACCCACCGGAACGCGAAACCCGGUCAUCUACCCGCCGUGUCGUUAACAAGCCCGGCGUAUCGAAUGGAGACAUUACAUCCGAAGCACACUCGAGCUCACUUCUCAGGAAUGAUUCUUUCAGGUACAAGUGGAAGAAACCGUUGGUGUAUCCGCGAACUGGAAAGAAGAAGGCCGAAGUCACACUUGAGGAUCGUGAACGGUUACUUCGGGAUGACUUCCUGAACGAUAACCUGAUCGCCCUGUACAUGCGUUUCCUUCAGGAUCACCUCGAACGCACCAACAAGGAGGCUGCCAAACGAAUCUACUUCUUCAACACCUACUUCUUUGCGACUCUCACGAACACCCCACGGGGGGACCGUGGAAUCAACUACGGUGGCGUUGAGAAGUGGACUCGGAACGUCGAUCUCUUCAGUUAUGAUUAUAUCGUCGUUCCCAUCAAUGAGAAUGCGCAUUGGUAUGUUGCAAUUAUUUGCAACUUGCCAAGUUUGUCUCUUGGUUUUGCCAACGGCGUAGAGCCGGUUCAAACACCGACUCUACAGAAAGAAUUAUCCAAUGCGUCUGAGAGUGAGAUCCAGGAAAUUGAAGAGACCCCUGAGCCGGAACAGAGGUCAAAGUCAGAGCCCGAAGCUUCUAACAGGACCAGUCAACCUCGUGAGAUUCCAAAGGGGUCUGAGACCAGGGGGGGCAUUGCUUCCCUGCAGAUUGAGCGGGAUGAGCAUGCGAUCCUUGAUACACCCGACCAGCACCCACUUCCACUCCCGAAUCUCUCCAAAUUCGCAGCCCAAAAACUCGCCCAGGACCAAGCCGCGGCGUCACAACCAACAAACAAAUCCAAGAAGAAGAGAACUGGGUUAAAGUUGGAUCCCAACCAAACAACGAUCAUCACAUUUGAUUCCCUCGACAUGCCUCGCUCCCCUACCAUCAAAAUCCUCCGCGAGUACAUCUGCCGCGAAGCAGUGUCUAAACGCGGCUUGGAACUCGACCCAACCGAAGUCAAGGGCAUGCGAGCACGCGACAUCCCUCUUCAGCCCAAUUUCUGGGACUGCGGUCUUUAUCUGCUGGCAUACUUGGAGAAGUUUGUUCAAAGCCCUGAUUGGUUCAUCACGAAGGUGCUACAGCGGAGUAUGAGUUCUAACGAUGACUGGCCCCCACUAGGCUCUGGUCUCCUGAGAUACCGUUUUGGCAAGUUCCUGGACGAACUGUACGAGGAACAGCGGCAAGCCGAUGAACCAGUCAUGGCAGCCAGACGACCCGUUUCAUUCCUGCUUGGCCCGCCCCUCCCUUGUCAAGAAGAACUUGCGGAUGUCGAUGUGAUACCUGAGUCUCAGCAUGAUACAGAUCCUUCAAAGGACCCUGCGAAAACUGCCGAUUCAAAGUCCGAAGACUCGAGUGAAGGGUCAACCACGGACCAGAUGCAUCUCUUACCUACCGAGAAACGCCUGAAGCCACACAAAACAUCCUCCAACUCACCUACAGACACAAAGUCGCAAAAUCGCCAUGUUGCUCCACCAAGGGAGGAACCCAUCAUCCAAGUACCUGGUAGCCAAGAAGAGCCCGAAGUACGAAACACACCGCCCCCUACAAGAAAAGAACGAAGGAAACACAGCCCACGAGGCCCUUCGCGAAAGAAAUGA